UCUAGCGUUGUUUGUCAUAAACGAGAGAAACAAGCUCUGUUAUAUAUAAACAUCGUGCUUUUAAGAAAAUAGCCCACUUUUCUUUUGAUUUCAUCGGUUUUCAUCGAUCACGUCAUUCAACCAUCAUGUUGCUGGCGAUACUUUUCAUCUCUGUCCUCGUAUCCGUGAACGCUGGAAUUCUUGGUGGAUUGGCAGGUUUAAUACCGAAAUGGAAUCCAAUAGAUCGGAUACCACCAAUCCCGGAUCUGUUAUCACCCAAUAUUCCUGAAGAUGCACAGCUUACCACGAUGGAACUGAUUACCAAAAACGGCUUUGACGGUGAGCUGCAUAAAGUAACCACUCCCGACGGCUAUAUUUUGGAACUACAUCGAAUAACAGGAAAGAUUAAUUCUACCAAAUCAAAUGUACAGAAACCUGUUGCGUUUGUGAUGCAUGGUAUUCUGUGUGACUCAUCGUCUUGGGUUAUUUCUGGCCGUAAUAGAAGCUUAGCAUUUGUUCUGGCGGAUGAGGGAUACGAUGUGUGGCUCGGUAACGCGCGUGGUGGUCCAUAUGCUAAUACUCAUGUAAAUUCUACAGUAGAUCCAAACGUUUACUGGAACUUCAGUUGGCACGAAAUCGGCACGAUUGAUCUUCCAGCGAUGAUAGAAUAUAUUGCAAAGAGCACCGGCCGCAAAAAAAUGUUCUACCUAGGACACAGCCAAGGCACCACCACUUUCUUUGUCAUGGCAUCAGAACGACCUGAGUAUCAGGAUUAUAUCGAGGAGAUGUAUGCUAUGGCUCCGAUCGCAUACUGCGGCAGGUUGAAGAGUCCCUUUUUGCAGAUAGUGGCACAAUUCUCCGUGGGCAUCGACUAUGUUUGGGAUAUAUUUGGUUAUCACGAGUUCAAUCCUAAGAGCGACUUCAUAAAUGCAUUUGAACAAUUGGUAUGCUCGGAAAAAGCUUUUACCAGCCCAGUGUGCUCAAAUUCUAUGUUCCUGGUGUCUGGAUUCGACCCUGACCAAUUUGAUCCGGCUCUUAUGCCGAUAAUCUUAGGACAUGUUCCUGCUACUGUAUCCACGAAGCAAAUCGUCCACUAUGCUCAACUCAUUAAAUCUGGAACAUUUUUCCUACCAGGGAAAUUUAAACAAUACGAUUAUGGAAUACUAAAAAAUCUGAAAGUGUACGGCUCGAUAAAUCCACCGACAUACGAUUUGAGCAACAUCAAAACACCAGUCCAUUUAUACUACAGUAAAAACGACUGGUUAUCAAAUGUCAAGGAUGUGGAAAAAUUGUACAGCGAGUUGAGCAAUCCAUCCGGUAAAACCUUAAUAGCAAACCCGAAAUUUAAUCAUGUGGAUUAUGUGUUUGCCAAGGAUGUGAGGAAGCUUGUAUAUGAUCUGAUACUAGAUGAAAUGAAGAAGAAAUUAUAAUGAUUGCCGACAUCUGUUCCAUACAAUUCCUACGGUUAUGAAUUCACAAAUUUGACGAAUUGACUUGCUCAUCGGUUGAACUAUUUUGUCUCAAGAUCAAUACUUGUAUUCAAUAUAAUUCGAUAUGUAGCAGUUAUCAAUCUCUUGUUAAUGUGUUCGCAUUCUCAUAAAAUAUUUUGUUUAUUUGAAAUGUAAAAUGUAAAAUGUA